AUGGCUCCCCUUUACUGGCUCGUAUGGCUGGCGCUAUUUUCCGGUUCCUCGGCCGGCGACGCAUGGGACAACUUCGCCAACAACCUCGCGACCGACCUAGCUCCAAUCUUGCAGCUUUUCGGCGAGCAAGUCUCGAAGCAGUUUCUCUCCGAAAGUACUACCAUUUGGGACAACAUCAUUUUCGCUAUGGCGCCAUUGGGAAUCUUGACAGCUGUGGUAUCCGCUAUUCGGGUCUGUGGCAGCCCGUUACUAAAGGCAUUCGUUGGGAGGGCUCAAGAGGGAGCUGGUAUUGCAGAAGCCGAGCUGUGCUCAUCAACCGGAAGAGACGUUUGCGAGAUGUAUCAGAACGGCGCAAUUACGCGUGUCUUUGGUCGACCCAAGAUCUUGGAAUUCGUUCACGAUCCUCAUCAAGAAAACUUCUACGCCGCGGAAGGAGAGGAAAAAGUCGCUUCGGCUGGACUGUACACCUUCAAGGAGUACUACAAGACUGAACGGGGGAAACGAGAAUGGGUUGAGCUCAGGAAGAGUCCCCGCAAGCGCCCAAGGACAGAAGAGGAUGCGUCCAGUCGCUCACCGGAUGAUUUCGCUCCGAAUCCCAACCUGAUGCUUAAUAUCGGCUUCAGAAAUCCAUCGCGAUGCGUACUCCGUCCAUUUGCGGUUGUCGCAGUACUCAUGCAAGCGUCCGUUAUGGUCUUCGCCGUGGUUGUUCAAAAGUCUCUGAAAUUGACCCGGGAAGGCCGGUUGCCACCACCCUGGGCGCUACCCACUACAAUCAUUGGCACGGUGUUGCUUUGUACGGGAAUGUUCAUGUGCGCGUUUCUGAUCGAACAGAGCACGAUUGAGCGGAUGUUCACGAGACCGAAGGCUCCGACCAAGCACCCUCAACCUCGGUCCGUUAUGCAUUGGAUUCAACCGGGAGGGCAGGUAGUGGGUGACCAGAGCUUCGACUCGUUUGCCUACUCUGACAAAGAUCGUCCGUUGAGACAAUACAUUUCAUCUUGGAGGAAGCCGGUGUCGCAGCAUGAAUCCUUGAUGACGUGGAUCACUGUCAUUAUCACGAUGAUUGGGUUCGUGGUCCAGUUCGUGGGCCUGAGAGGUGUACAUUCGGCCGUGUCUGUAUGUCAAUUAGCCGCUGUCGUCAUCAUGAGCGCGUUACGCGCCCUAUUGAGGACGAAGCGUUUGGAAGGAGACGCAAACCGCAUCCCGUCAGAAUUCAUUCAAAACGCUUCAGGGAGACCGGGCCACGAGCUCGAUUGGCUCGCUUUUGAACUCUGUCAUAUGCAUGGCCAGCUAAAGCCUGUUCAAGACGGGAUGGCAUACUCGUGGGUCCGACAACCGGCCCGCGAAUAA